AUGAGUUCCGACGACGAUCUCCCUCUUGCGAAGGCGAACGGCCAUCGACUUUCAGCUUCAAAGAUUUCACGCGCCGAGGACAAUGCCGUCGAUCAGCCAGUUCCCAAGGAAGCUGCCAAAAUGGCUGGACUAUCCGUUCGCAACGGUCCCCUAGAAGACACUUCGAUGGAUAUUGAUGAGCCAGCUACCAAUGGUACAUCCAAACGCAAAUCACGUAAUUCUAUCACUCAGGUCAACUACAAGGACGAGGAGUCAAGCGAUGAUGAUGCCCCAAUGGCCAAACGUCAGAAGAAGCAGACAAAGAGAGUUGCCGAAUCCGAUUCCGAUGACGAGCCAAUCAUGAAGGCACGAGGAAAGAAGCUUCCGCCGUCUUACAAGGAGACCGCACUCCCCGAGUCCUCAGACGACGACGACGACGUGCCUCUUGGUGUUAAGCUCGCACAGAAGAAGGCCGCUAUCGAGAAAGAAGGAGAGAAGCAAGCCAAGGCGAUUCGAGCCAAGGAACGAGCCAAGAAGCCUGCGCCAAAGAAGGCUGUAAAGGAAGAAUCCGAUGACGACGCGCCCCUUGCGAAAUCCACCGUGAGUAAACGGAAGUCAAACGGAACUGCUGCGAAGCGAAAGUCAAAUGGCGUUAAGAAGGAAGAGUCAGACUCUGAUGCUCCUAUCUCCAAGAAGGCGAAGCCUGCUGCUGCCAAAAAGGGCGCGAAGGCAGAAUCCAAGAAGGCCAGUGAAUCCGAUGGCGAAGAAGAAUUUGAGUGGUGGAACGCGCCCAAGAAGGAAGACGAUUCUAUCAAGUGGACCACAUUGGAGCACAACGGUGUUUUAUUCCCACCUGACUACGAGCCAUUGCCAAAGAACGUCAAGAUGCUCUACGACGGCCAGCCAGUCAAUCUUGCACCUGAGGUUGAAGAAGUUACCACUUUCUGGGUUGCCAUGAUGACACCCGCGUCCUCUCAUCACCUCGACAACCCAGUUUUCCGGAACAACUUCUUCAAAGACUUCAAAGAAUAUUGCGACAAGUACGGCGUGACAGAUACGCAAGGGAAGAAAGUUUCAAUCAAGUCGCUUGAUAAAUGCGACUUUUCCAAGAUCUACGAUUACUGGUCCCAGAAGGUUGAACAGAACAAAUCCAAGAACUUGACCAAAGAGGAGAGGGAGGCUGCCAAGGCCAAGAAGGACGCUCUCGAGGCCCCCUUUACUCACUGCAUGUGGGAUGGUAGAAAGGAGAAGGUUGGCAACUUCAGGGUCGAACCUCCGAGUCUGUUCCGCGGUCGUGGUGAACACCCUAAGACUGGCAAAGUCAAACAACGUGUCCAACCAGAGCAGAUUACUAUCAACAUCGGCAAGGGCGCCAAGGUCCCAGAACCUCCCAAGGGUCACCAGUGGAAGGCUGUGCAGCACGACCAAAAGGCAACCUGGCUGGCCAUGUGGCAAGAGAAUAUUAACGGGAACUACAAGUAUGUGAUGCUUGGAGCGGAUAGUGCUAUCAAGGGUCAGAGUGAUUUCAAGAAGUUUGAGAAGGCCCGAGAACUCAAGAAGCACAUUGACAGGAUUCGCAAGGAUUACACCAAGGAGCUCAAGAGCGAAGUGAUGGCUGAUCGUCAGCGAGCCACUGCCAUGUAUUUUAUCGACAGAUUGGCUCUCCGAGCUGGUAAUGAGAAGGAUACAGACAACGAGGCAGACACUGUGGGCUGCUGCUCUCUCAAGUAUGAGCAUAUCACACUGGAACCUCCCAACAAGGUCACAUUCGAUUUCCUUGGAAAGGACAGUAUUCCCUACAGAGAGACUACUGUUGUCGAUCACCAGGUUUUCAAGAAUCUGAGAAUCUUCAAGAAGUCACCCAAGACAACGGGAGACGACCUCUUUGACCGCCUCAACACCUCUCAACUUAACAAGCACUUGAACAACUACAUGAAGGGUCUGACUGCCAAGGUUUUCCGUACCUACAACGCUUCCUUCACAAUGUCGACACUGCUCAACAAGCUUGGCAGUGACCCUCGCUCUCGCGGUACGGUUGCCGAGAAGGUGAAGCUGUACAACGAUUGCAACCGUGAAGUUGCUAUUCUGUGUAACCACAAGCGAACCGUUGGCGCCUCUCACGAGCAACAAAUGGCCAAGCUAGGUGACAGGAUUAAAGGCCUCCGAUACCAGCAAUGGCGAACAAAAAUGAUGAUCCUGGAUGUUGAUUCAACUUACAAGAAGAAGAAGGGCGCUGCCUGGUUCGAGAAGGACGAGGAGUUGACGGAUGAGUGGAUCAAAGAGCACCAGCAGUUCUUGCUCGAGGAGCAGCGCACCAAGAUUCAGAAGAAGUUCGAGAAGGACAAUGAAAAGCGCGUCGCCGACAAGGAAAAGCCUCUGCCAGAGAAAGAGCUUAAGGAGCGACUUCAGGCUGUGAAGGAAAUGGAGGCCAAGUUCAAGAAGGAGAACAAGACCAAGAAGGUCGAGGCCGAGGGCAGGGGCGUUACCGUCGAUAAGCUUCUGAAGGCCGUGGACAAGUUCGACGAGCGUAUCAAGACGCUUGAGCUCCAGGCACAGGAUCGUGACGGUAAUAAGGAGGUAGCUCUCGGCACCUCCAAGAUCAAUUAUAUUGAUCCUCGUCUCACUGUCGUUUUCUCCAAGAAGUUCGAUGUUCCUAUCGAAAAGUUCUUCUCCAAGACCCUCCGAGACAAGUUCCGAUGGGCCAUCAAGUCUGUUGAAGACGAAGACGAUUGGACCUUUUGA